GCUCCCCCUGUGAACCUGGCGCCGACGGAGACUUCGGGCGACAAGGGAACCCGGGAAUCCCAGGUUUGCUAGGCUUACCUGGUCCUCGUGGCCCCAAGGGAGCUCCUGGUAACAUAGGCCUACCUGGUAUUCGUGGUAUCAACGGGGUACCUGGAUCGUAUGGUCUCUCCGGCGCCCAAGGCUGGAAGGGCGAAGAGGGCGAUCUCCUGCCAGGGCCAUUUGUCAAAGGCAGAGUUGGUGACGAUGGCUUACCAGGUCCCCCAGGUUCCUACGGUCAGAAGGGAGAGCCUGGCUUCGACGGGCGACCUGGUCUCGACGGCAGGGCGGGGACGAAGGGCAACCAAGGCGAAGACGGCCUGACGGGCAUCAACGGGCUCCCAGGACGCAACGGCUUCAGUCCUCCCAAAGGCGUCCCCAUCCCGGGCGACAACGGCCGGAAAGGCGCGAGGGGAGACCGCGGCGACCACGGCCUACCAGGGGAACCAGGUCAGGUCAUCGGCAUAGGAGGCCUCAAGUACCCACUCCUGGUCAAGGGGGACGAUGGAGAACCAGGACCCCCUGGUCAACCUGGCCUGGGAGGCCUCCCCGGCCCCGCAGGUCCCAGGGGAAGACCAGGCCCCCGAUGGUCCCCUGGGGCGUGGAGUGCCAGGUAUUCAGGGCCUGAAGGGGUACCCCUGCAGCCCUGGGACAUGGGACGCGUCGGCAGGAAAGGAGAGCCCGGGUAUAAUGGAAAUCCUGGAUUGGAU